GGUGCAGACAGUGUGGCUUCCGUUUCCACUCAGUCGCAGCGUGAAUGCAAGCGUGAUUAGUUGUCUGUCUAUGUGGCCUGUAAUUACCGUUUUUUUCUUUUUUUCCAAGGAUCAUUCUUCAUCCCCGGACAUUGCGUUUUCCCUCCCGGUUCUUGUGACAACUACGUCAACGUGACCGAACCGUCUCGCAACGUGGCCUUCGCAUCUUCGUCCUUCAGCGGCUAUCCGCGCGACGACGGCCACCUUUCGAGUCAGUGGUCACGCUUCACUGGAAUCGGUGGGGACAGAAUCGUGGAAGGCUGCCACUCGGCACCUCGUGGUGGUUUCCAAUACCCGACCCGUUUUUCGUUUGGAUAUCCUACCGAGGAAUCCGCAACGGCUUACACUGGGACUGGCUAUAUUCAUAGUGGAUCGUGUGACAGUUCCAGCUUCGUAGUGGAUGUGGUAUUCUGUCCAGGAGAAUUCUACAUAUUAAAACCGAGAAGUCACCCAGUGUCCACUUCUGGCUUUAUAACCUACCAUUCUGUUUGUAGAAACGAUUCUUGUGGGCCACUCGCACAGUGCAACAGCGAUGGAGGCUGCACUUGCGUGAACGGGUACGAAUUACUCCCAAGUCAUCUGCCCACAAUGGAUUCGUACGGCUGCACCGAUAUCGACGAGUGUACGGGAGAUGUUUGUGGAAGUAAUUCCGAUUGUAAUAACACAAUCGGAGCAUACACUUGUAGCUGUCUGGUCGGAUACAACGCAACAAAUCCGGAACAACCGCCUGGAGGCGAGAACGCAUGCAUAGAUAUCGACGAGUGUCUUGAAAACGUGUGUGGUGAUGAUGGGACGUGUUUGAAUGAGGCAGGAAGUUAUCAAUGUCAAUGCAAUGAUGGUUACCAGAACAUGAGAAAUGCCAUUCCUAUUUGCCAAGAUAUUGACGAAUGCUUGGAUCCUUUGCUCUGUGGUCCACACUCGGAAUGCAUCAACACACCCGGCCUUUAUACCUGCGUGUGUCAAGCGGGCUUCUCCCCAACUGAGCAGGACAAGCCACCCAGCACCGAAAACAUUUGUCUUGAUAUCGACGAGUGCAGCGAAGACGCCACGAUCUGUGGUCCUGAUUCCAACUGCACAAACUCCGUGGGCUCCUAUAUUUGCACCUGUUUCCACGGUUACCGGCUGAACAACCCGGAAGUGAUUGCCAGCGAUGCCAACCCUUGCACAGAUAUAGAUGAAUGCAGCGAGGCACCUGAUAUAUGCGGUUCUCAAACCGUGUGUACUAAUGCGCCCGGGACAUUCUAUUGUUCCUGUCCAGAUGGCUUUUACCCUUCGACUGGGAUUUUAUGGAUUGUUGGGGUCUCCUUUUGUAAAAGUCUUCGGGAUAUUCUCAAUACGAUCAUUCCUCCGGUGGGCCGGACAAAAGAGAGAACGUUUCUCGACAACAUGGACCAACAACUUCUGAACAACACAAAUAUCGUUUUACCAGUGCCAACAGUGGCCAACAGCUUUUCGGCAUCGAUGGAGGUGUCGGGUGUCGGACCGCGGGCCGAGGCCAUCAAGGUGAGCAGCGAAGGAGAUGGAGAGACGGGAAGUAAGAUCCUGGCCAUUUCGGAUCGCCUCGUGAGCGCCAUGGUGUCGCCGGGCCGGAAUGAAAGCACGACGACCAUGAACAGUUCGACAGUGGCGUUAACCCUUGAGACGAUUGGGCCUGGCAGCGGUGACCAAAGUGGCUCUCACCUCUUCGUAAAUGGAAACAGCAUGGACAUUAACCUCGAAAGUCUGGCAAAAAACAACAACGGUUCCGCCGCGGUGGCCUUUAUGACACUCCGAGGUCUGGAGAGUCUUCUCAGUCAUCGUUAUUUCCAAACCGAGAACCGGACGGAGAUGUACUCGGACGUGAUCACGGCCGUCUUACCCUCCGUUAACAACUCCAACCUCAGCGAGCCCGUCAACUUCACCAUUCAACACAAGAGGAUGUUGCCCGAAUCCGGUUUGGUGACUUGUGUCUACUGGGAGGACAAAAGAGAGGAGACGGAAAAGGGAGAAACGAGCAAGACAAUGAGAUGGUCAGUGGACGGAUGCUGGGUUGCGCGCUCCAAUGAAAACUUCACAGUGUGCAGCUGCUCUCAUCUCUCCACAUUCGCCCUCAUCCUGCAGAUCGGCGAGCCGCCGCCGGAAGAUUCUUUUCUAGAGUGGCUGAACCGGAUGUGCGUCAUCGUCGGCCUCUUCUUCUUUGCGUUGGCCAUCCUCACCUUUCUGCUUUGUAGCUGGAACCCCAAAAUCAACAACACGGCGCGGCUUCACCUGUGUCUCAACCUGUCCUUGUCCCAUCUCCUGCUGUUGUGGAACGACAGAUAUGUCCGACAUGAGCUGGCCUGCACCGUCAUAGCGGGACUCCUCCACUUCUUUGUGGUCGCAAGCUUUGUGUGGAUGCUGCUGGAGGCCUUGCAGCUACACCUGCUGGUCCGCAAGCUCUCCAGGGUGCAGGUGAUCCAGCGAGAUGGACUUCCCAGGCUCUCGCUCUACUCGAUCGGCUACGGUGUUCCGUUCGUGAUCGUGGGUGUUUCUGCGCUGGUGUACUCCGAUGGAUAUGGAGCCACAAUUUCCGAGGACUGCUGGCUAUCGCAAGAGCGCAACUUCAACUGGGCUGGAUCGGGACCUGUCAUUACUGUCCUUGCAUGUGACUUGUGCUUCUUCCACCAGCUUAACGUCAUCUUGUUCUGUGCUACGUUAUGGAGUUUAAGACCUACUCUGGCCGACAUGAGAAGUGACGUCUCGCAGUCCAGAGACACAAGGUUGAUUAUUUUUAAGAUCGUGGCGCAGUUUGUCAUCUUGGGCUGUCCGUGGAUUCUUGGACUAUACCAGAGCAAUCUUUUCUUCCACGUCCUCUUCAUCCUUCUGAACUCCCAGCAGGGAACCUUCCUCUACAUUGUACACUGUGUGCUCAACAAGGAGGUUAGGGAGGAGUACAAGAAAUGGCUGACAUGUUCAUUCAACAAGGAAGAAGAUGGUUCUGUGCAAGACGCACCGUCGGUGUCUGAGGACAUUGAUAAGGCCGAGGACAGACAGAGUGUAAAAAACUGAAGACGGUUGAAAAAAGGAUGCAGAUCAGCGAUAUCCUUGUCCGCUUUGAACCAUUUACACAUUUUAUUGCUGUGGGUGUGAUGUACACACAGUCUAUGCAUUUGUGGAGCCAAUCUCGCAUCCAAUAAAAUAUUCCAACAACUCAUUGUGCUUAUUUUUCCACGCUUUGUAAAUGUAUACCCACCAGCACAUGACUUGACGUAUGCGAUACUUCAACAGUUUGAUCUUUCUGAAUAUGUCAUGACAAGUCAUUCGGUGCAAGGAAGCACAUGCUUGUCCCCUUUUGCAUGAUUUGUUUAGAGUGGGUGCGCGGGGUCUUCAAUGAACACAACGAGGUGCCCAGCUAAAUAAAACAA